AACAGCAGCUCUCGUCCUAGAGGGCGAAGAGAGGUGGCAUUUGAGUCCUCCGAUAUCCCAGCAGGCAGUGCAGCCUAGAGACGCUGACAAAGGACUGAAGGAGCAGUCGCAGCCUUGGAGCCGGGUUUGCCGAGAUUGCCAAAAUGCUUUGGAAUUUUUAACUGACUUUAAGGAAAGUCCAAAAUAGAUUUGAGACUGUGAAAAAAGAAGCUGCAGCAAGGGGGAUUCAGUGCCAAUGCAUCAACAAAAAAAACAGCAAGAUUUAGUGGAAGGAAAUCUUCCUGUUUUUGUGUUUCCCACGGAGCUAAUAUUUUAUGCAGAUGACCAGUCAACACAUAAGCAAGUGUUGACUUUAUAUAACCCCUAUGAGUUUGCCUUAAAGUUCAAAGUUUUGUGUACUACUCCAAAUAAGUAUGUUGUCGUUGAUGCUGCAGGUGCAGUAAAGCCUCAGUGUUGUGUGGAUAUUGUGAUUCGUCAUAAAGAUGUUCGAUCCUGUCACUAUGGAGUAAUGGACAAAUUCCGUCUCCAAGUUUCCGAACAAAGCCAGAGGAAGGCUUUAGGAAGGAAAGAGGUUGUGGCCACUCUUCUCCCUUCUGCAAAAGAGCAACAAAAGGAAGAAGAGGAAAAAAGAAUAAAGGAACCAUUAAGUGAUAGCUUAUUUUUUGAGCAGUCUUUUCAACCAGAAAACAGAACUGUCUCCUCAGGACCUAGUUUACUAACUGUCUUCCUGGCAGUGGUGUGCAUUGCAGCUCUGAUGCUUCCUACACUGGGGGAUGUGGAAUCGCUGGUGCCUCUCUACCUCCACUUAAGUGUGAAUCAAAAAUUAGUGGCUGCUUACAUCUUAGGUCUUAUCACAAUGGCUAUAUUUAGAACAUGAGCAAGGAAUUCAAUUGACUUCUGAAGUAAAUUUAUCUUGAAAAUAUGAAUGUGGACUGCCUUUUAUCUCUAUUUCACUCCAUUAAUAUGCUAUAAACUAUUGAAUGAUUUACAGUGAUUAUAAAUAUAUAAUAUAUAUUUUAAAUUACUUUAUAAUUUUAUUCAAAGGACUCCAGCACAUUAUGUUAUUAAAAAACAAAAAACAACAACAACACACCAGGAUGCUUCUGAGUGACACCGAGGAAAUUCUUUGAAGAAAUUCUUUUUAUAUCUAAACCUAUUGUGCAAAAGACUUUAAUUAAAACAUUUCUUAUUUUCU